GGAAUCAGCGAGCAUGUCCUCCAGUCGGGCCAAGAAAGUGAAGAUGGCCACCAAGUCCUGCCCCGAGUGCGACCAGCAGGUUCCUGUUGCAUGUAAAUCAUGUCCCUGUGGCUACAUAUUUAUCAGUCGGAAACUCUUGCACGCUAAACGUGCUGAGAGAUCACCACCCAUCACAGAAAACAAGAGUGAGGCCAAAAGGAGGCGGACAGAGAGAGUUAAGCGAGAGAAGAUAAACUCUGCAGUAAAUAAAGACUUAGAAAACCGAAAAAGAUCCAGGUCUAACAGCCAUUCAGAUCAUAGCAGACGAGGAAGAGGAAGACCUAAGAGUGCCUCAGCGAAAAAGCACGAGGAAGAAAGAGAGAAACAAGAAAAAGAAGUUGACAUGUAUGCUAACCUUUCAGAUGAAAAGGCCUUCGUAUUUUCAGUGGCCUUGGCGGAAAUAAACAGAAAAAUUAUCAAUCAAAGACUUAUUCUGUAACUUGUGAGCACAAUCUGAUGCAGUUUUAUGCAGGAUGGCCAGCAGACUUCCAAGGUGCCAUGGACUCUCGGAAAGUGUGUUGUCUGCACCAACAAGGACUAUAGCAUUUCCUGUUAAAAUUCUACUCCUGUUCUUGGAAAUCAAAUUCUGUCUCCACAAGUCAGAAAGAAAGUGGUUGUGCUGUGAAAAAUCAGAAAGCAGACGUGUUUCAUGCCUUGAAGACAAAUGCUAGACAAAUGCACAGAGAGACUGCACCCAUUCCAGAGCACUUCUUUUGAAUUUGCUGCCAGAAAUGCAAUAUUUUAAGUAUUUUCAGAAAUAAAUAAUUUUCCUUUAAAAUUAUAUAUUUCAGAUUUUUCAGCUAUAUUGCAGUUUAUGUAUGUACAGUUCACAUAACUUUUUAAUAAAUUGAUAUCCUAGUAUUUUAUUGAACUGAGAAUUAAGUACAUUUGUGAUACUCAGGGUGUGUUGGUUUUAAUCCUCUUACAAAUCUGACAUUCAUCCUAGGUAUGACUUCAGUUUUACUUUUUUAAUAGGUGUGAUAUAAUUCUGGUAGGAAGAAAAUUAAAGUGGUUUAAUUUGGGAGGAUUAUUUUGCUAGACAACUUCCUAUUUUUAUGAAUUAUCUCUAGAAAAUAAUUUCUUAGAGCUCCAUAGAGUUGUCUUUUAUAAGUUAUAUACUUCGGGGGUCAGACUCCUGAAAUUUGAGAGCCAAGCACUUGUUUUGUGACAAUUAUUUGCUGAAUAUCUGCCUUGUCCAACUGGUAAGUUCUUGUCCCCUAGUCUUUCUUGGCCCAUUAUUUACUGGAGAGGGAGAGAAGGAGACAUCAGAAAUGUAGAUCUGCAGUUGGCAUCCUGUGACUGGUAUUUCCAAAGCAGGAGGAUGUGGUAGUUCCUUUUACUCCCCAUAGCUUUUUUUGGUCUGACUUUUAAAAGCAUAAUUCUUACUGGUAUUGUUUGGAUUGCUGAGUGUAAAUACCUAAGCAAAGUCUACCUUGGUGUGCAAAAAUGAGCUGUUUUCAUAGAAAUAGUUCUGGGGGAAACAUGCAACAGAGUAGUCUUUCUUAAAGUGGUAUAGUGCAAUUUCAGCCAAAACUCUUCUUUUAGUAACUAUAUGGGGGCUUUAUUUUACCAAGAAAAAGCCCCAAAGCCUCAAGCUGUGUAAAAUCCUAAGGAAGGAGGUGUAGGAGAUAAUUACGUUCAUAAAAUCUGUCACACUGGGGUUUAGUCACCUUUCAUUUGCUCUAUUCUAGGAGGGGAAAUGCAACUAAAUGUCAUUUUCUUCAGUAUCACUGGUGCUUUUCAAUACCACAUUGAGUAAUGAGAAUUGCCUAAUGAGGUUCAGCUACAGAACUGAUCUCUGGCUGGAAGCCAAAGUGUUUAUUAAUAAAGCUGGACUAUCAAAUACUGGCUGAUUAUUAGUUACUGAUUAACAGAAGGAGCUGUGCUAGCUUCGAGUUAAGCCACAAGGCACUGAUCAAAUGCAGGCUGUAAGUAAAAGCAGGGAACAUGGAAAGUGGUUUUUACUUCUGAACUCCUAAGGAAUAAUUUGCAUCCUUAUUAACACUGGAUGAGAGAGAUGGUGUGGAUAUGUGCUUAAGCCACUAAAAGACAUUUGUCUUUACUCCAGUAAAUGAGAAGUUGUAAAUACAAGACCUACUUCUCUGCACCAUUGAACUUGUGCUUCACAGAGCUGGAGCCUGUCACAGACACCAGUAGUAAGGACAGAUGAGUCAAUCUUUAGGAUAGAGAAUAUGUUUCCAUGAUCUGCUGUGCCUCACUUCGUGAUUAUUAUGGAAAUACAGCAGAGCCAGUGUUAACAAACAGUUCUUUCAGGUGAGUCUAAAAGCAAUUUAUCCUUCAAGGCACUGAUAGUACUGUCAGUUUUCUGUAGUAGACUUCUCAUUAAUUUCACAGUGGAUUCUGGCAAAUCUCACUGCAGCAUUCCAAGGUGUUGCUUUUCCCAGUUGUUUACCUAUGCUUUAAGGACGUUGCCACUUUGGUUGCAGUGGUGGUAAGACAGCUCUAAUAAAUAAUACAAUAAUUUUAUUUUCUCUUUUUUAGGUUACCACUUUCAAAACAGGUUACAGAAUUCUAAUUCUUAUCAGUAUAAGUGAUUAAGCAGGUUUUUGGCUGAGUUGAAGAUCAGUUUUUUUCUGCAUUAUGGCAGAUCAGACACUGCAUGAUUUUCACAGAUUUUGUGGGUUCAUAAUGAUCUGAAAAUAUCUGUGAAUCAAUGUACUAAAGUGUUUGGUUUUUUUUUCCCUGCACUUACUUUAAAAGGGUUUCUGGCACUGCCAGCUGUUAGUUGGGAUGUGCCAUUCAAGCAAGAGGCAAGAAAUUGAUUGGGAAGGAGGCAAUGGAAGUGGAUAAAUCUCUGUAUUUCCUUUUUUCUGCAGAAGACAACCUAAACCUGCUUUCACCAAAGUUGUUUAAAAUUUCAAGGCCAGAACAUGGUUCACAUGAAUCAUUUGGUGUCAUCAUGGAGCAUUUCCCCACAAAAAGUAUUGGAGACUGGAGGGAUACAGGUGCUGUCAGGUUCACCUGUGUAACAAGGCUUGGUGUUUCACAGAAGGAAGAAACUGCUACCCAAAAAUUGGUCCCCAUCCUUACAGAGAAGGCUUCAGUCUCUUCUCCUUUGGACCUUUCUUCUGACCAUCAAAGCCAGGUUUGCUGUGUAAUGUGGUAGCUCUCAAUGCGAAAUCAUCUUAAUCACCCACCCAUGUUUGCCAAGAGACAAAGUAUGUAUUGAGUC